AUGGCUGCUCUCGCUAACGCUGCUGUGCUCCCCUCCACCUUCGUCGGCCAGAGCGCUGAGCUCGCCGCCAAGGUGAACAAUGUCGAGGCCCGCGUGACGAUGAGGAAGACCGCCAAGGCGGCUUCCAGCAGCGCCUUCUACGGCCCCGACCGCAACCUGUUCCUGGGCCCCUUCUCCUCCCCCCCGUCGUACCUCACCGGCGAGUACCCCGGCGACUACGGCUGGGACACGGCGGGUCUGUCCGCUGAUCCCGAGACGUUCGCCAAGAACCGCGAGCUGGAGGUCAUCCACGCUCGGUGGGCUCUGCUCGGCGCGCUUGGCUGCCUGACCCCCGAGCUGCUGGCCGGCAACGGCGUGAACUUCGGCGAGGCCGUGUGGUUCAAGGCGGGCGCGCAGAUCUUCUCCGAGGGUGGCCUGGACUACCUGGGCAACCCCAGCCUGAUCCACGCGCAGUCCAUUCUGGCCAUCUGGGCCACCCAGGUCAUCCUUAUGGGUGCCGUCGAGAGCUACCGCCCUUGCCAAGCUUACGGAGGGAGAUAA